UUACAGAAGUUGGUAUUGCAGCAACAAGUUAUCGUUUUAGUUUUGUGUUCUUUGCUGUCUGCUUGUCCUGACGCACCGAUUCACUGCAUUUUCCAGCAGAGAUCACAGGCUGGGAGGAUGACAGCUCGAAUGUAUUUCUCGUUGAUUGCUGUUUUUUUCUGUCUGUUUAGAUACUUCAGCAUAGCUCGCGCUAUUCAAAGACGAACCACAGUGAAGCCAGGUCAAUGUCCCAUACCGGAGAUGAUCCCACUCUGUGCUGAUAGCUGUUUCAAUGAUGGCCAGUGUCCUGCCACACAGAAAUGUUGCCCAACCACCGGUGGCUUUGCAUGCAGUGAACCGCGUGGCCAGGGAAGAGGUCAGGCAACUUGCCAUGGAAACGGUUCUGGCCAGGGAAGCGGCUAUGGCCAGGGCGCGGGUCAGGGAAGCGGCUAUGGCCAGGGCGCGGGACAGGGCGCAGGACAGGGAAGCGGCUAUGGCCAGGGUGCGGGACAGGGCGCAGGACAGGGAAGCGGCUAUGGCCAGGGCGCAGGACAGGGAAGCGGCGCUGGAGCAGGACAGGGAAGCGGCGCUGGAGCAGGACAGGGAAGCGGCUAUGGCCAGGGCGCUGGAGCAGGACAGGGAAGCGGCUAUGGCCAGGGCGCUGGAGCAGGACAGGGAAGCGGCGCUGGAGCAGGACAGGGAAGCGGCGCUGGAGCAGGACAGGGAAGCGGCUAUGGCCAGGGCGCUGGAGCAGGACAGGGAAGCGGCGCUGGCCAGGGCGCUGGAGCAGGACAGGGAAGCGGCUAUGGCCAGGGCGCUGGAGCAGGACAGGGAAGCGGCUAUGGCCAUGGAGCAGGAGCAGGACAGGGAAGCGGCACUGGAGCAGGACAGGGAAGCGGUGCUGGCCAGGGAGCUGGAGCAGGACAGGGAAGCGGCUAUGGCCAGGGCGCUGGAGCAGGACAGGGAAGCGGCGCUGGAGCAGGACAAGGAAGCGGCUAUGGCCAGGGCGCUGGAGCAGGAGCAGGACAGGGAAGUGGUCAAGGGAAGUGUCGGGGAUGUGGCAAAGGUCAAUGUCGCCUUUAGGGACAUGUUCAUGGGAAUUUUGCAUAAUACUUUCUGGGGGUCUUUUCCAAUGCUUUUGUUCAGAUGUCAUGUUUUCCCUGUUUGCUCAAACUGUUUAGAAAGAUUUUCUGACUCUCUCUACCACUACUAUCACCUCAAAUAAAUAAAAAAUUGCUUGAUUUGAA